AUGGGGGAUUUAGCUUCUACUAACCCUACCGAUGACGGUCAGGAGCAUGUACUUGCUGCUGCUCGUCAUUUGGUAAAGGCUUUGGGGGCAAGUAAGAACCUGAGCGACGACACCAGAAGACUUUUGAUGGAGCUGGACUCGCAUUUGUCCUCCAUGGCCAGGAUCAGCGACAGCAGGGCAGAGGAGAUCAGAGAGUUUGAACAACAGCUAAAAUUUGCCGAGCAGAAGAUUGUGGCCUGGGCAUCGAACCCGUCCAUGAUAUGGGCUUCAGGCAGCCGCGAGACAGCUUCAGAUUACCUGCAAGCAGUUUAUGAAAUUCAGCGGAUCACAGAGAGUUUUAGUGGCAGAGACAAGGAAUUGCUUGGCCAGGCCCAUACCCUUCUUCACAUGGCAAUGGAAAGGCUUGAGGAAGAGCUUCUUCACAUACUUCUUGAGUGGAAGAAGCAGUCUCAGGAGCCCGCUUUCUUCAUAUCUUUCCGGUUGUCGGAGGAAGGCGUUGUGUACGACGAAUCAUUCGUCUCUACAGACAACGAUUCAGUCGAGGAUGCAUCGAGGAGAUAUAGCACCGGCACCGAACCUGACCAGGAAUAUUGCAGUCUUGAUUUGGUCCAUCCGGAUGCAGUUUUAGAUAUCAAAUCCAUUGCAAACACGAUGUUUGCUUCCCAUUACGAUCAGGAAUUUUGUCGUGCUUUUGUGGACUUCUGGAGGGACGUGUUGGACGAAUAUAUCGUCAUUCUAGGCAUCGACAAAUUCGGCAUCGAGGAUUUGCUGAAAAUGGAGUGGAGACGCUUGAACUGCAAGGUCAAGAAGUGGAUCCGGGCGUUGAAGUUCGUAGUUCGAGUUUAUCUGGCCAGCGAGAAACGGCUGUUUUACCAUGUCUUGGGACAAUUUGGAUCCGUUUGUUCAGAUUGCUUUGUGGAGGCUUCCAAGGCUUCAAUGCUCUGCCUCUUGAACUUUGGCGAAGCCAUGGCAAUCGGAACUCGCCGGCCGGAGAAACUGUUUUGCUUGCUCGACAUGUACGAGGUCCUGGCCGAUCUUCUCCGAGACAUAGACUCUCUGUUCUCGGAAGAAGCCGGAUCUUGUGUUAGGGAGGAGUUCCACGAGCUUGUGAAUCGACUCAGCGACACCACUAGGGCAACAUUCAUGGAAUUCGGGAACGCAGUUGCUUCAGACAAAUCGACGACCGCAUUCCCGGGAGGCGGCGUUCAUCAUCUCACCAAGUACGUCAUGAACUACAUCAGCACAUUGACGGGCUAUGCCGAAACCCUAAAUUCGCUUCUCGAGAAGGACGCGUCAUUGCCCCAGCAUCUGCAAUCGCUGACGUUCGAUCUGGAAUUCAACCUCGACAGCAAGUCCAGACUGUACAAGGACGGCUCCUUGAUUCAUAUUUUCAUGAUGAACAACAUCUAUUACAUGGUCCAAAAGGUUAAAGGCUCAGAUCUGGCGGAAUUGCUUGGAGAUGAAUGGAUCCGAGACUACACCGUCAAAUUCCAGCAGCACGCGAGAAGCUAUGAGCGAGGGACAUGGGUCCCGCUGCUGUCUCUGCUGCGAGACGAUGGCAAUUUGGGGAAGACGUUGCUCAAGGAGCGGUACAGAGGCUUCAACAAUGCCUUCGAGGAGGUGUACAAGAUCCAGACGACUUGGUCGAUCCCCGACGGCGAGCUGCGGAAGGACUUGCGAAUUUCGAUAUCGCAGAAAGUAAUCCAGGCAUAUCGGAGCUUCGCCGGCAAGAACUCAGCCGGUGAAAAGUACAGCAAGUACACUGCAGAUGAUCUGGAGAAUUACAUCUUGGAUCUCUUCAAAGGAUCAUCGGCAGCAGGAUCGCUGCUGCACAAUAAUGGCCGCAAGCGGGUUGGCCCGAAGAACAGAAGACCGGGAGACCGUCGUGAACUGGGGGACCUUUAAGGUCUCUCAGAGACUUGCAUCCCAUGAUUAAAAAGAAGACGGAAGCCGCAGCAUCAAGGCCAAGUGAAGCAAGCAGGCGGUUAUGAGGCAGGCG